CGGGCCGGCGAGGCGGGACGGGGCGGCGGCGGCUCCUGUCAGCGCCGCGUCCCCGCUCCGCUCCUGUCAGCGCCGCGUCCCCCGCCCGGCCAUCGCCUCCCGCGCCCGCCGGGAUGCUGCCCGUGGUCGCCGGGCUCCUCCUCGCCGUAGCUGCGGGUGGCCGGGGGGCGGCAGGGGAGCAGGAGAGCCCGCCGGGCAGCCGCUUCGUGUGCACCUCGCUGCCGCUGGACGCCGCCGGAGCCGGCUGCCCGCUGCCCCCUGUGCCCAUGCAGGGCGGCGCGCUGCCCCCCGAGGAGGAGCUGAAAGCCACGGUGCUGCAGCUGCGGGAGACCGUCCUGCAGCAGAAGGAGACGAUCGGAAGCCAGCGGGAGGCCAUCCGGGAGCUCACCGGCAAGCUGAGCCGCUGUGAGAGCACCGACGGCAAACCCUGGAAGAAGGAGAUGGGCAAGGGCAAGGACACCAUGGGCGACCUGCCGAGGGACCCGGCGCAGGUCAUCGACCAGCUCAGCCGCACCAUGCAGACCCUGAAGGACCGGCUGGAGAGCCUGGAGCACCAACUCCGAGCCAAUGUGUCGUAUGCAGCACUGCCUAAUGAUCUUCGAGAGAUGCUCCAGCGGAGGCUUGGAGACCUGGAACGCCAGCUCCUGACCAAAGUGGCCGAGCUUGAGGAUGAAAAAUCUUUGCUUCAUAAUGAGACAUCAGCCCAUCGGCAGAAGACAGAGACAGCCUUGAACGCAUUGCUAGAAAGAGUGUCUGAAUUAGAAAAAGGUAGCAGUGCAUUUAAAUCACCUGAUGAAUUCAAAGUGUCCCUUCCUCUUCGCACAAACUACUUGUAUGGGAAGAUCAAGAAGACUCUGCCAGAGCUGUAUGCUUUUACUGUGUGCUUAUGGCUGAGGUCAAGUGCUUCUCCUGGAAUUGGCACUCCAUUCUCAUACGCUGUUCCUGGACAGGCUAAUGAAAUUGUCCUCAUAGAGUGGGGGAAUAAUCCAAUUGAACUGCUAAUUAAUGAUAAGGUUGCCCAGCUCCCUCUCUUCAUUAGUGAUGGAAAAUGGCAUCAUAUCUGUAUUACGUGGACAACGAGAGAUGGAAUGUGGGAGGCUUUUCAGGAUGGAGAGAAGCUUGGCACUGGGGAGAAUCUUGCUCCUUGGCAUCCAAUCAAACCUGGAGGUGUCUUGAUCCUAGGUCAGGAACAGGAUUCCCAGGUUCACAACUGGGCAAGGCAAUGAAGAAUUAAUUUUGUCCUAAUGCUGAUUUCAGUAGCUCCUUACCCAUGACAAAAGUGACAGAAUGGUAAAUUGAGAAUCCUAAUACACUCUGCACGGCAGAUGCUCCAGCUCACUAUUAAAUGGCUGGCAGCUUUUUCUGUAACUCUCUCUUGCCAUAGCCUGUACUAUGCUUGGCUCUGUCCUGUGCUAUCAGUUACAUGUUAGUCUGAUCACACUGUCCUCUAGUAGUGAGUUGAGCAAAUAAACACUUAGGCUUGUGCAGUGACAGGUGGAGUUACUCAUUUGGUUCAGCUGGUGGAAGCCUGUGUAUCCAGAUCCAAAGAUCCCAUCUUGUAGUCCCGGUGGACCAUUGGUCAAGUGCUGCAGUAACAGUUUAACAGCUAUAUAGCUAAUAGCUAUAAAGCUUUGAGUGAUCUUACGCAUCUGUGUAGUUCUUGCUGAAGCUUUCUUGUGCCAAGCUUGCAAAAUGGGUCCUAAAUCAGCCUCAGUAUUUAAAGCUGCCUUCCUGCUCUACUGCUUGGGGGCAGGGUUAGUUAAGUGUAACUGUAACUGUAGGUGACUGUAUACCACUGUGUGAUGAUGUACAGUCACUACUGUUUGCUUUGAAUUGUUUUGAACCAUUUCAGACUGGAGCUUUUACCUGUUCCACAGAAUGACAUCUUGCUCAAAGUAGCCCUUCUAGAAACUUGAAAUUGCUUGUCCCUGUCACUUACCUCUGUGCCUCCUUUUAGCUGUGUGGC